ACAUAUGUCUGGAUUCAUGAUAGUUUUCCAUCCAUGAGAUUUUUGUGGAAGUUCUGUAGGCUACUGUAGUAACGCAUCUGUUCCACUAGGGGGACUACAGUUUGAUGAAGCUGCUGUAGUAACGCAUCUGUUCCACUAGAGGGACUACAGUUUGAUGAAGCUGCUAUGAGCAAAUGACUGAACAUUAGCGACACUGUUUUAGUUGUUUUGCUUUUUCCAGUGAGAAUGUAAACAGCACCAAUUGUUGUAUACUUAAUCUCUAUAUACUUAUGGCAGUUAUGUGUAAUGUUAAUUAGGAUGUCUUGGCAUUUUUCUAAAUCAUGGCAGUAUAAUAGGCUGUUAAGGUGGAUCAAAUUUGGAACCAGUCACACAGCCACAGCACACAGCAAUUGGCAGCCAUUGUGCUUGCUGACAAUUCAUUUCUUUCCAGGUUUGUACACCGGAAGGCCUCAGUCAUUAUGUGGCUGAAAUUUGAAGUUACUUGACUAAUGCAUGCUUCCACAGCGUGCACAUUGAGGUUAGAGGACAGUCUGGAGAAACUUUAACUGGAAUUGAGAUUAUUAAACUGACCUGUCAUCUCAAUGAUUCAUUAUUUUCUCCUUACUUUUCACGCUUCAGUUUACUGGCUACUAACUGUUUUCUGUUGUAGUUGCCCAGUAACCCUUUGUCUGCAGUGGAAGACUGACAUUUAGAAACAUGAAAAAUUGGAGUAUAGCGGAGAAAAUCAUUUUUGGAGUAUUUGCAUGAUUGACACUGGCUUUCCCACGCACUGUGGUCGUUUCCUUUGAAUAAUAUUAUUUCUGUGGGGACAAGUCUGUUAACUUACGUUUAUGAUAACAAUGUAAGCUUAAGUAAGUAACUAUGGUUAAUGUUUACUCAAAUUCAUUUUAAAUAGCAUAUCAAAGCAUAAUCGGAACUGGUUAUACAGUACCAAUUGCUCUCAUCUCUUGAAACAUUCAUUCAAUAACGUGUGGGCUUACGUUUACAUCACGUGGCUCCGAAAUUUGACUGGGGGCUGUAGCUCUUUUACGCUAGUAGGCAAACUUCGUCUUGAACUGUUAAAUACCUGAGGAUCGUCAACUUUCCCGCAUUUACAGUGAAAACGUCUACUCGAGCCAGACCAUCAUAAAGUGGUUUCCCUGCUCCCAGGCGUUCUUUGGUUUUGCGCUCAGCAGCCGCACCAGCCUUAAUGACUAUAACCAACUGCAAAUUGGACUUGAGCGCUGAUGGACGGAGUAAUUGCAAAAUAUGAGCUGUCGCACGAGAACCAUUAUGAUAUCGGGACCGAACUCAUGUGCAGCGAUCGGACUUGUAUAAUUGAUAGGAGUAGAACUUCACCAAGCCCAUAGAGACGGCCCACAAACUGCAUGUGCACAGGAUGACACUGGGAAAUUAGAAAAAGUCUUGCUGUUACUAGUUUCUCCAAGUCCCCCACCCUCUCUCCCACUGCCUCAGCUAUGCUACCAAAAGAACACAACAGUGAAGGCAAGGCAGCCAAAACGAUUCAAUAUGAAAAGAAUGCGAACCACGAAGCCGCCAAGAAAGAGAGGGAAGUUCAAUAUGUGGACCCGCCAGAUGGAGGAUGGGGUUGGAUGGUGGUUCUACACUGUUUUUUGGUGAAUGUUCUGGUCAUGGGAACUCUGAAGAGCUUUGGCAUCUUUUUUGUGGCGUUCCAAGAUGAGUUUGGAGGCUCAGCUGAAAGCAUCAGCUGGAUCGGCUCCAUUAUGUCAAGCCUCAGGCUAUCUGGAGGUCCGAUUGCCUCUGUGGCAUGUGCCAAGCUGGGAAACCGUGCGACCUCCAUCAUGGGAGCUGUUUUUGUUACUGUAGGCUUCCUUGUGAGCAUGUUUGCUACAAAUGUUGCCUUCUUAUAUGUCAGCAUGGGUCUGAUUGUGGGUAUAGGUUUUGCUUUCCUGUACCAAGCCAGCUCUGUUGUCACGGCAACAUACUUCCGGAAGAGGCUGGCCACAGCGUAUUCCAUUGGCCGCUCAGGGAUGGGCUUGACUUUCGCUCUCGCUCCUUUCACACAGCUUCUUCUGGACCACUACGCUUGGCAAGGAGCUCUGUUGAUCUUGGGGGGUCUUAUGCUGAACCUGGUGGCCUCAGGGAUGCUUCUGAGACCAAUCAACGUGAGGCCCUCCAUCUCAUCGCCUCCUUCCUCGCCUUCAAUCCAAAAAGGCCAGUGUGCCAUUUUAAACGGACAAGAAAAGGAACCACUUAAGAACGGCGUGAAUGGGUCGUCACCCUUGGCCAAUGGGAUCGCCAAAGCAGACUCGUCUCCGUCCACUACCUGGGGCCCAGAGAUAGUAGCCCAGGGGCGUAAAACUCUGACCAAUGUGGAAGUUUCACAGCCAGUCCAUAAUGGAGUGAAUGGGCUAGAAGGCGAUUGCUGCAAGACAGGGGAUGCUCCUUUGGAGCGUAAUGGAGGUUCUGCUGGGACAGAUGCUGCCUUGCGUGAGAGAGCCUCCAAUGAAAACUCACCCAAAAAAGACACCCAAAAUUCAUCCAAAGCUUUGGACUUUUCUCUCCUGAAGAACCCUUUCUUCUGCAUUUACACCUGGUCUCUGGUCUUCAGUCAGCUAGCCUACUUCAUCCCCUAUUUCCACCUGUCAGCACGAGCUAGGAAUCUUGGCAUUGAACCCAUGGAUGCCUCGUUCAUCAUCUCCUUAGCAGGGAUCACAGAGACAAUGGCUCAGCUGGCAUCAGGCUGGUUGGCAGACCGGAACUUCUUCCAUAAGUACCAUUACCACAAAGCCUACCUGAUCCUCUGUGGUGUGGUCAACCUGCUCUCUCCGCUGGCCACGACCUACUUCCACCUGAUAGUGUACGCGGUCUUCUUCGCCAUCUUCUGCGGAGGCUAUAUGGCCCUACUGCUGCCUGUUCUGGUAGAUCUGGUGGGAUCUGAGAAAGUCAACAACUCGAUGGGCUUUUCCAUGUUUUUCGUGGGGCUUGGAUGCCUCACGGGCCCUCCGCUCGCAGGUUUCCUGUAUGACUACACCCAGACCUAUGACUGCUCUUUCUACCUGGCGGGCGUGUGCUACCUGCUGUCCUCCGUCUCUCUCUUCCUGGAGCCCCUGGCACGGAGAUGGCACGAAAGGAGGACAGACAAAGACAAAGACACGAGGACGGAGCCCGGAGGGAAACUCAAUGGCUGUUUCUGCCCAGAGCCCCUCAGGAAUGGUGUUGUCUAACAGAUGGGGGGGGGGGGGGGG